AUCCAGAAACCACGAACAGCUAGCAUGGAGCGAAGAGCUGAUUAUUUGGCUUUCCCAGCAAUUGUUGGGACGUAUAACAAGUACAGCAGUUCGAGAAAAAUGUGGGAUGACCGCUAUCACAAUUCCCAUUUGGAUAGAUUGGAGACAGGUUAAAAGAGCAGUGCUGGAAACUGAAUAUUUCACUAAUGAAAUUACAAUAACUGUACACUUGAAGUUAAGCAUAACAGUGCAGUCUACACCUACAAUAAGCUAUCGAAUCUUACCAAUAUAGUUUUUAUAUUAACCUUCUUUUUAUUGCACUUCACAGUAAAACCAGUUGUGGACAACAAGCCGCCAAGAACAUAUCUCCACUGUCAUGUUAACAUGAAAAAAAUUCAGAUGGAGCAGGAGCGGCAGAUGGACAUAGAGAGAGACAACAGGCUGCUGGCUUCAAGAAUUGCAAUGCCCAGAAACGUUUGGAGAACCUCAAAGCACUACCAGCCCAAACCAAGUAUGAAUGCAUAUAUUCGCAAUCGGGAGCUGGUGAGGAUCUCUCUGGAGAAUCAAGCAAUUCUCAUGAAGAUCAACAUGAGCAAGCCUGUCUAUGAUCACAAAAAGUAUCAGAAAGAUUUUGAGAUUACACAAGAAUACAUGUCCCGACUUUAAAAGUAUCCUCCA